AUGGCAGAGCUUUCUAUGGAUGCGUACUGGCGAGCGCCACCAAUUGCUAGAACUGUCGCGACUGCUACGUUUGGCCUGUCUGUCGCUGUGUACAUGGGAGUCCUUGAUGGGAGCUUCUUCGCUUAUGACGCUGGCCGCAUUCUGCGGGUUCCUCCGCAGCUAUGGCGCCUCGUAACGUGCUUCUUCAUUACGUUCCCAAACUUGGGUAUCCUGUUCGACACUUUCCACAUGUACAUGUACAUGAGUCAACUGGAAAAGGGUCAUCCGCGACUGUCUAGACGAGAAGAUCUUGUCUGGUACCUGACGUUCAUAUGCGGAACAAUCCUGAUACUCAGUCACCUGUCCGGCUUCCAGUUUCCAAUGCUUACGCAGGCGCUCAUUCUCGCCAUGGCGUAUACCGUAACCCAGGAGCAGCGAGGCCAGCAGACGAACUACAUGUUCAUCAACAUCCCGUCUCAGCUUGUGCCCUUUGCCAUGAUGGCCAUCAACCUUUUCUUCCCUGGAGGAAUUGGCAUAGUGUUGUUGCAGCUUCACGGGCUGGCUGCGGCGCACCUCUAUCUGUUCUUGACCAAGAUCUGGCCCGAGAUUGGUGGCGGCCGGAACUGGCUCGAGACUCCUGCGUUCAUCACCAGGCUUGUGAAUGGGGUUGCCCCAGGACCGCCACGGCCAGCAGUUGGAGCGAGGAUGCCCGAUACAGCCUCUGCUCGAAGCAGCGGUGCUUCUCGCGGACCAUUACCAGACUCGUGGCGGACUAGAGGACCUGGCCACCGUCUGGGCUGA